AAGUUGUUGGUCACAAGUUUUGAACGUUUAUCGAAAUUCACAAAUUAGGUCGUGACGAUCAAAACAAAUACAAGAAUAGAUAGAAUAAUAUAGUAGAUCUAGAUCUAGAUCUAUCUAGAUUCUAGAUUUCUAAUCUAGAUGUUACACAUUCUAGAAUUAUAGUGUGUUACAGUUACUAGAUCUAGAUUUAAAUACUCUAGUCUAGGUCUAGAUAUUUCUAGCAUGGUGACUAAAAGAGCUCUCCAUUUUGUGUUCAAAGUUGGAAACCGUUCCGAUACAGUACAUUUUUUCCGUAGUAUUCUUGGCAUGAAGUUUCUCCGCCACGAAGAAUUUGAAGAAGGUUGUAAAGCAUCAUGCAAUGGGCCUUAUUUUGGAAAAUGGAGUAAAUCUAUGGUAGGCUAUGGCCCAGAAGAUAAUCAUUUUGUGGUUGAGCUAACAUAUAAUUAUGGCAUUGGAAGUUACAGACUGGGAAAUGAUUUUCUGGGCAUCACAAUUCAUUCAGAGACUAUUGUAGAAACUGCUAAGAAUGUAGGAUAUCCUGUGGUGGAAGAAGAUGGAUUUUAUAUUUUAGCUUCCCCUGAUGGCUACAUAUUUAAAAUAGUAAAUCAGCCAACACAAGGAGAUCCAGUAAAAAAAGUAUCUUUAUCAACAUCAAACCUGAAAAAGUCGCUAGAUUAUUGGACACGUCUGUGUGGAAUGCAAAUAUUUAGUAAAGAAAGUCAUUCAGUAACUCUUGGAUAUGAUGAAUCACAAUGUAAACUUGAACUGAUUGAUGUUGGAGAAAAUGUGGAUCAUGCAACAGCAUUUGGACGAAUAGCCUUUUCUUGUCCUGGUGAUGAGUUACCUAUGAUAGAAAAAAGCAUGAUGUCAGAAAAUCAGACUAUUCUUAAACCUUUGGUUAGUUUAGAUACACCUGGAAAAGCAAGUGUACAAGUUGUAAUUUUAGCAGAUCCAGAUGGUCAUGAAAUUUGUUUUGUUGGAGAUGAAGCAUUUAGAGAAUUAUCACAGUUGGAUCCUAAGGCAGAUGAUUUAUUAAAUGAGGCAAUUACAGCUGACAAAAGUAAUGAAUGGUUUGCAAGAAAAGGCAAAUCAAAAAACUCUGGAUAAUAGUCAUGGCAAUGUACAUGUAUUAACAACUCGUCUUCUUCUUGGAGCAUUAAUAAUUUGAUUGAAGUAAAUGAUACAUUGGUCUUAAUAUAGUAAAGUGCACAUUGGUGUAUAAGGAAUAAAUAAAAGAAUAUUGAUUGUAUGUCUCAA